UCAGCUGCUACAUUGCUCUAGACACAGCGCUACCAGCCUGCAACUUGAUUAACCCAAAAUGAGGUCUCUGCUUCCCCUGUGCUUGACCGUCCUGCUCUUUAUGAGUGAGAUGGUGAACUCCUCAUUUGGCGAUGGGUCAGGAGGAAACGAACACGGGUCAGGAGGAUUUGAAGAUGGCGAGGGGUCAGGAGGAUACGAUGAUGAGGAAUAUGAACACGAAAGGUGUGAGCAUCUGCACUGCACCCGGAACGAGGUGUGUAAGGAGAGAAAUGGCCAUUUUGGCUGCGCUUGUGGAAGGCACAAUCCAAAGCCCAACCCUGAUUCUUUUGAUGUCCAUGAGUCAUGUCACGGCGGCUCUGGGUCGGUGUCUCUGUCCCGCUGUCAGCUCUUUGAUGCUGGAUUUCCUGCCGAGUACCUCCACCUGAAUGAUCGCCACUGCAAAGGGAUGAUCGAGGACGGCAGGGUGGAUUUCCAUUUCGACUACCAUGAACACGUCUGUGGCACAAUUCUGGAGACGAACAAAACACACUUCAUCUACAAGAACGCCGUUCAGAUGGUUUACGGCCCGGUUCAUUUGAUCAAUCGUGACAGCUGGCUGGCCAUUAACUUCUCCUGUGUGUACCCACUUAUCAAGAGCAUCUCCAUGCCCAUGUCCAUCUUGGCCAAGGAGAGUGUGGUCUACAAGGACUUGCCUGGUGAAGAGGGCACAUACCAGAUCCGCAUGGUGCCCUACAAAGAUGCUUCAUUCACACAUUCUUACGGUGGUAAUUUUGAGCUUGAAGUGAACCACCAUGUCUUUGUGGGCGUGGAGGUGGAAGGAGUCGACGGACAACAGUUCUCCCUUGUGCUGGACAACUGCUGGGCAACUCCACACAAUGACAUCACCGACAAUGUUCGCUGGGACCUGAUCGUUAAUGAGUGUCCCAGCCGUAGGGAUGACUCAGUGAGGGUGUUGCAGAACGGAGUCUCGACAUCCAGCCGCUUCUCCUUCAGGAUGUUCACCUUCACUGAACUGUCUGAUCGUAUCUUCCUGCACUGCAAGGUUCACCUGUGCCUGCGGAAGAGUGGUCGCUGCGCACGGUCAUGCAAUCGUCACCAUGGGGAACAUGGUUCAAGGAGACGCAGAUCUUUGGACUUCCAUGACACAGCUGCCAUUAGCAUGGGCUUCUGAUUUACUGUUUGAAAGCUCCAUUUAUUAUGAUGCAACUCUAUUGUUUAAUCUGUAAUUAAUCAAAUUGAAGUAAUUAUUUACUC